UCCUUCUUCUCCAGAUGCCCCGCGCCAGGGGACAUCGACGUGCCCAGGCCCUGAGACGCAGGACGGCGCAGCCCCAGGACUGGAGUCCUGCACCUGCCGUCCCGGAGUUCGUGGCCCGGCGUGGCACGGGCUUUCGGCACCGCGUGCGGAGAUGGCCAACUUCCAACCUGACCGGGAAGCCCUGCAAGUUGGUCACUCCUGCCUGGGAUGGACAGAAGAAGAUGGUGUUCGUCGUGGGAGACUCGCAGCUGAGGGCCAUCGUGGACGGGUAUGUAGCCGUGCCCGAGGGAGAUCUGCGUUUCUCUUUUCUUUGUGUUCCAGGUGCAGUGGGCUCCCAGCUGAGGAUGGAGCUCCUGCAUGCUGACCUGCCCUGGACCCCGGACGCCGUGUGCGUGUGCGCCCCCAGCAACGACCUUGUGUCCCGGACCGUGGACAAGGCGGCCCUCGACUUCUGUGCUCUCCUGACGACGGCCUGCAGCUCCUGCCCCAAGGUGUUCGUGCUGGACUUCCCUCCACGCCUGAACAUCGAGCCGGGCCUUCAGGAGCUGCUGCGUCAGGAAUACCGCCGUGUCGCAGCACGCAUGGGUGUCCCGUACGUGCCUGUGGCAGAGCACUUCCCCCUGCAUCGGUUGCAGCUGUGGUGCCCGGACCGGGUUCACCUCAGCGACUCCGAUGGCAUGACGGUUCUGGUUCAGCUGCUGUGGGACGCCGCUUCCCAGCAGCUGGCGCCUCCUCCGCCCCGGCCACCGGCGCCUCCCCGGGCGCCGCCGCGUGCCGGGGCCGCUCCCAGGCUGGUGGUGACGGGACACGCCCCCGUGCCCCGUCACUGCGACCCCUGGGAGUGGAGCGUGGUUGGACAGGGAGGCAAGGCUGCACGCCCGGUGCAACCCUCUGCCAUCCCAUCCAACCCGGUGUGGUUCAGCGGGGCCAUGUUGGACGCCAUGGAGAAGCUGGCCAGGUGUUGCCAGGAGGCGCAGAGGAGCAAAGCGGCAGGUGCUGGCAACACCGUCACCUGCCCCUGA